AUGUCAAGAAGAUACGAUUCCAGAACAACAAUCUUCUCCCCGGAGGGACGCCUAUACCAAGUGGAAUAUGCACAAGAAGCCAUUGCCAAUGCAGGAACCGCCAUCGGCAUCCUUGCGGCCGACGGUGUUGUUCUUGCUUGUGAAAAGAAAGUCACCUCCAAACUCUUGGAUAAAGACGGCUCCGCGGAGAAAUUGUAUCACAUCAACGACCAGAUGAUGUGCGCAGUCGCAGGAAUGACCGCCGAUGCGCUGAUUCUUGUCAACAACGCCCGUGUGACGGCGCAGACACAUUUGAAGACAUACAACGAGGAGAUUCCGUGCGAAUUACUCAUCAAGCGGUUGUGUGACGUGAAGCAGGGCUACACACAGCAUGGAGGUUUGCGUCCGUUCGGUGUGAGUUUCCUUUAUGCCGGCUACGACGACAGAUACCAGUUCCAAUUGUACACGUCCAAUCCUUCCGGCAAUUACAGUGGAUGGAAGGCUACCGCGAUUGGCGCCAACAAUUCUGCCGCUCAAACACUCCUCAAAAAAGACUAUGCUAGCGAUAUGUCGUUGCGCGGCGCGUGCGAGUUGGCCAUCAAGGUGCUCUCCAAGACCGUGGACAGCAGCAACUUGAACAGCGACAAGUUGGAGUUUGCUACGCUUAGUUUGGGCGCUGAUGGACGCGUUGUGCGUAAGAUUUGGAGCGAGCUGGACGUGGACCUUUUGAUUAAGGAGCUGGGCGUUUUGGAGAAGGCCGACGAGGAGUAA